AUGAACUUGAUAGCGAUGAACGACAAGGAUGAGAUCUAUGAGGAUCCUGAGUCUACUGAGGUUGAUGAGAGCGAGGACACGGAUGAUACGGGAGCGAGUGUGGAGGCAGCAGUGAAGCAGGAAGAAGAGAUAGUCACCAUGGAGGCAGCAGCGGUGAAUGAUGGAGAUGGAGAUGGUGUCAACACUUUUGCAGCAGCGGUCGUGGUUAAAGAUGAAGCAGUAAAUGCGAAGUGUGUGGGAGUUGAAGCUGUGAAAGGGGGCAUCAUGGUGAAGGGAUCAACGGCGAAUGCAACUGCAAAGGGGCGAGUGCUUAUGAAAGAGGAACACGUUGAGGGGUACAAGACCCGAGAGGUGUUGGGUGCUAAGAUUCCGAGGAGAAGCGAGAGGCUUAAGAAGAUGCCUCAUGGUUUGGAUAUCAAGGCGCUCAACUUCAAGACACGAGAGGAGGAAACCCAUCUUCUCCCUCCCUCCCCCCCUGCCAGGCUGCGAGGGGGGGAGCUGAGUGAAGCAGAGGUGGACGAGGUGAAGGAGGAGGUUGUUGCAUGGCUGCUGAGGAGAGGAGGAAACCCAUCUUCUCCCUCCCUCCCCCCCUGCCAGGCUGCGAGGGGGGGAGCUGAGCUGCGAGGGGGGGAGCUGAGUGAAGCAGAGGCGGACGAGGUGAAGGAGGGGGGAGAUUGCAGGGCUGUUGAGGAAAGGAGGAACCCUAACCGCCUCUGCUUCUUCUCGUGUGUGAUUUCCUGCCUCCCUUCCUUUCCUGCCAGGCUGCGAGGGGGGCUGAGUGAAGCAGAGCAGCCGCAACCAAACUCGCUUCUUCUCUUCCUUCCUCUCCCUCCCCCUUCUGCCAGGCUGCGAGGGGGGCUGAGUGAAGCAGAGGUGGAAGAAGUGAAGGAGGAGAUUUCAGGGCUGCUGCUGGGGAGAGGAGGAAUACCAGCAGCAGGCAUGGUGGCAGUACCAUGGCUGAAGGGAUUCUUCUCUCUCCCAGGAGAAUUCAACAUUUCAGGCACCAGCGCGUAUAAGAGAGGCCAGCAUCAGGGGCGGCAGUGGCAGCGCUGCAGCUGUCCCCUUCAGAUCACGUCCUUGACCUCUGUGCUGCCCCGGGCGCCAAGCUGUGCUUGA